AUGGAGAACACCUUCCCUGUUAUGAUGAACUCCACUGAGCGCCCCAGCCAAAGCGGCAUAGGGUCGUCUCAGAUGGUAAUCCAGCAGUAUGCACGAUAUCCUACAACAUUGGAGUCCACUCUCCAGAGCGCAUCCUCAUUGGGGAGUGCUCGAAGUCAACUUGAAACCCACAGGUCGCCGCCACUGCAUCGUAAGGGCACACCUCGAAGCAUACAGUCUUCUCCACGGGGAAUGCGCUCAGCACUACCCCCAUCAUCAACGGCUCGGUCUGGGCCGUCCAUGUCGCCGCCUCUAUUUGAUGCCAUACGUCAUUCUCCGAUGAAAGAUGCAGCAGAUCAAGCCGAGUCUCGAACCCUGCCAUCACGGGAGGUGACUGACGAAACCAUUGAUGAUGCUUACGUCUUGUUUAUUCUAUAUUGCAAUCCCAAUGUACCUUCUUCUGUCGAUACCUCGGAGCUUCGCAAGACAUUUCGUUGCCCUCCGCGCAGUGAUGGCAAAAACUUUAGUGUUUUUACUCUGUACGAACUCAUCCGGAAACUGGAUAACAAAGAGCUCAAGACUUGGAUCCAACUGGCAAUCGAAUUAGGUGUCGAGCCGCCUUCAAUAGAAAAGAAACAGAGUACGCAGAAAGUUCAGCAGUAUGCUGUUCGACUAAAGCGUUGGAUGCGCGCCAUGCAUGUCGAUGCUUUCUUCGAGUUCUGUUUGGGUCACCCUCAUCCAUACUACACUCAGCUUCCUCCCUCAGGACCGUUCGUCAGCGAGUCCCGCGAUGGCGUACCGCUAGAAGAGGACCUUGCUCUCCGAGCCUUGGUUCCACAAUGGAAGCCCAAACGUGGCCGGAAGCGAGCGGAUGAAAGAGAGCUCGAGGAAGACAAAGCAGCCAAGAGACCACAGCUGGAUACAUCGGUAGCCGGCUUGCAACCACGCGCCUUUCCGACACAUAACAUUCCUUUUCCUCAAAGCGCAAUUCCCUUCAGUGCCUAUCCGACAGAAGAUGAUCCCUGGAUGACAGCAUCAUCAUCAUUUCCACCACCUGGUACUUCAGACCAACAGGGCAAUGAUUUACACUGGAGGCUCACCGAGCGUGAGACCUCGCCUGCGGGCUACCCCCAGUCUGCAAUCAUUCCCAGAGGAACUCAACCCUCAGAAGCACUCAUGUCCGCCGAGCCACGCUCUGCAGUCACUCCAUCGUCUGGAGAGAAGACUCGCGCCCGACGUAGACAUGGACCGGCGGUCUCAUCUGCUUGGCCGAACAGCAAUGGACCGAUAACUGGAAAAGGUCGCGGAAGGCCACCUAAUAGGACCUCGACGUCCGGCUCAUUUUCCACCUUUCAAGUCAACUCAAGCCGGGAUUCCUCUCAAGUUCCCCAACCUCACGUUGCUCAAGCUUCUCCACUCGUUGUUAAUGAGGAUUCUUCCAAUGUUGUCUCAAACUCGACCUUCAACCAAUCAUCGGUACCAGUCAACCAGGGACGACCGGGUAAACUUCAGUUACAGGUCCCGCAACAUCAAGGUGCUCCCGUGCGGCUUGCCACCCCUCCAACACUUCUUGUCAACGGUGUCAACGGUGCGCUUGUCCCUCAAGCCCAAGGGCCAAACCAAUCUCAAUCAGCCAAUACCCUUGACAACGUCCAUCACAUCGGCAGGUUCGCUGAACACGAGGUAGCCACGACUGACACGAGAAUCCCUUUGGAUGAUAUCAUGCGUACGCUAUCUAAUGAGCUUCUGCAUGCACGCAUCACAGGCAGACCCACUACUAUAGCCCCACAGGAGGCCCGGGUUCUGGCGUCUGCUUUGGUCAUAAGUUUGACCAAUAUUUACUCCCAAUUGCCCUCUUCCCUCCCGUCGACAUAUUUGGCCUUCCAGCUUGGCAUCGGCCAUCAUUUCGGCUUACCGGGUAGCGGCCAAAAUAUGAUAUCUGUGACGACUGAGCACGCUUCCACUCAUACAACUAUGGCCGGUAAACAGGGCUCCUCAGAGCCACUUAAUGCAACACGAUAUACAGUCUCGUUCGAGUAUAAUGUCUCCUCUCGUUUUACUCUACAGGUGGUGCUUGCGAAUAGCGAUACAGGCAUUUCUUCCACUCGGACCUUCAACCAAGGUGCCAUUGCUCCUCACAACCCCAAUGAACUCGACCAUGAUGAUACUGUGCCUGAUUUUGGAGAUGAGGAUGACGAUUUCGAUCACGCUGUCUCGGAUACUACUUGGAAACAACGCUAUAUGAGACUCCGAGCGCAGAUGCAGAAGAAGGAGCGGUCAUUAUCCCAAUACAAACGCAGAAUCGUCGAAUCAGUCAUGGCGGAUAUCUGA